CCCGGUUCAGACAACGUUCGUUGGUUUUACUUUGUCGCUCUCUACUCUCCUGGCUUUUUGGUUUCUGGCAACUUCUUCGCUUCUCAAUGGCUACUUCUCCCCCUCCCAUGACUGAAAAGAGGACUGAGAAAAGGGUUUUGAGAGAACUGACUGAUGAAGAGUUUGUCCAUCAACUGAAAAAAGAGUUUGGUUUCCAAAAUUAUGAAGUGACCCUUAUCUCGGGCCAAACUGGUGUAUUGAAGAAGUCCGAUGCGGAUAGGUUUACGCAGUCGUCUGAGGCGGUCGUUAUUACUAGAAGUUAAAGAAUAUGGAGGCGAGCCGAGCGUGGGUUUGGCAGAGGGUCUUCCUCCUUUGGAAUCCCAAGUGCCACCGACGGCGCCUCCUGAAGGAUCUGGAUCGGCUCUGGGCGUGCAUACAUCGUUUACUAUUUCGGGCCCUAUCUGCGACUCGCUCGGCGCCCUUACUUCUGUGGAGUUUGGUUCUUAUACUGAUGAGAAGAUGCUUGUCGCGGUGCCCCAGUAUGCCGACAUGUCUUGCACCUUUGACACUGUGGUCAUGAAUCGGGUCAAGCUGGAUGCCGCUCUCUGGCGAAGUCAGGUGAAGCAAUACGAGGCUAUGAGGCAGCAACUGCAGCAGGAGAAGGAGAGGUCGUACGACUUGGAGCUCAAACUUAUUGCCGCUCAAGCUGAGGUAACCAGUAUAGAUCUAGACGCUGCGUCGGAGUAUCGUCUUAUAAAGAAAAAAUGGGAUAUCGAGAAGGAUUACGUGAAAAAUCUAUUGCAACGAAUAUCUAAUAAGUAUGGUAAGAUAGAUCAUCAAGAGGACGAGAUUAGACAGCUUCGAGAAGAAUUGAAGCGAUAUCAUAGGUUCGAGUAUGUGCCCGAGGAGAUGGACAACCUCCGGGCUCGCUUGGGCGAAUUGCAAAGACUUGUCUCCGAUAAGACGUUGUUGGAUGAUAACUUAGAGAGUCAGUGCCAUUCUUUGAGGCUGCAGAACCGAGACUUGCAUGUAGAUCGGCGUCGUAUUUUAACGGAGAAAACGGUCGCCGAGAGACAGAGUCAGGAAGCUAGUUUGAAGGUCAGGGACUUCGAGAAAUUAUCCCAAGAUUUAGAGUGGACUCAGGCUCAAUUUUCGGCUCUUCAAGCAGCUCAUAACCGUCAAAGGGCCGAGUGGAAUGACCAUAAGAAGUAUUGCCCCACCAAUAAGUUUAACGAGCAGGCCUAUAAUGAGAUGACUUCCCGAUUAUCGAAGGCCGAGGAUGAGUUAGCUAAUUCAGUAGAGUCGCUCAAGAUCGUGCUACCAACCCUUUCAGCCGAACAAGGUCGAGUUUAUGAGAUGAAGUAGAAGGUCAAUGCCCUUGGCAAGCAGGUCGACACGUUGCAGAAGAGUGAGUCCGAUAUGAAAGAGAAGGUCGUGAUCGCCGAGGCAGCCUCUCAACAUUUAAGCCAGCAGAUCGAGCAAGAGAGGAUCGCCCAUAAAACCGAGCUCGUCGAGAAGGUUACUUCCGGUGUCAACCAGUACAUUGAAAAGAAACGUCGCGAGGUUGCCUUAAUGAAGGGAGGAUCCAAAUCUGGCCCGUCCCAAAAAUGAAUCGUCCUUUUGCGGUGCUGUGUCAUCGAUUUUCCCCUUGAUCGUGGGUUGUAAUACGCAAAAACACUUAACUCCUUCCCUUGACUGUUUUUUUUAAUGGGGUGCUGCGUCACCACGAUCUUUGCUGUUGCUUUCCUUAAGCUCAUUUCGGACACCUUUUAGGAUUUUAUGUUUGA